UCAUGAUGCUUGCUCAAUGUGCUCUUUGGCAAAUUGUAACCUCUUCAGCACGUCUUUUUUCAACAGUGGGACUUUUCGGGGGCUUCUUGCAGAUAGCUUGGCUUCACAUAGGCGUCUUCUAAUUGUAACAGUACUCACAGGUAACUUUAGACCAUCUUUGAUCUUCCUGGAGCUGAUAGUUGGCGGAGUCCUUGCCAUUUUGGCAAUUCUUCUACCCAUUCUUCUAUCCAUUCCACGUCUUUCAGGUUUUGGUUGCCAUUUUAAAGCAUUUGCGAUCAUUUUAGCUGAGCAGCCUAUC